AUUGGAGACAAGAAACAUAACAAAAAUGAGUCGUUCAUAUCACAGUUCAAACAACCGACACUCACUAUUGUCUCAACCAUUCCUGCCUUUCAACUAAUUCUUAUUGUACAUAAUUCGUACAACAUUCUCACAUCAAAACCAAGAGAAAAUGGUGGCUUCUCAUGGUGAGGACACCGAAAGUUCCUCCACCAAAAAGAAAAAGGAGACCUCCGCAGUGGUAUAUCGCGGGGCACGCAUGAGAAGCUGGGGCAAAUGGGUCUCCGAGAUUCGGGAGCCUCGUAAGAAAUCAAGAAUCUGGCUCGGGUCUUUCCCCACGGCGGAGAUGGCAGCUCGUGCGCACGAUGUUGCGGCGCUGAGUAUAAAAGGAAGCUCGGCAAUCCUUAACUUUCCAGAGCUCACUAACUCUCUGCCACGACCUGUCUCGCUCAGCCCAGCCGACAUCCAGGCCGCAGCAACAAAGGCCGCAUUUAUGGAAUUCAAAACACCAUCGCUUCAUCUCGAGGAUCAAACGCCAUCUCAAACUAGAUGUGAGACUGAGACGAGCGGAAAGGCGUCAUCCUCACCCACUACGUCUACGCUCUCAGAGGAGCUAGGAGAAAUCGUGGAGUUGCCGACUCUAGACAACGAGUUAAGUAAAGAUCUUGCGUUGUUCGACUCGUUGGAAGGGUUGGUCGGGAUGCCUCCAUGGCUAGAUUCGUAUGGAGAGGAUCCAGUACUGUUUGACCCACUUUUCCAAGAAAGCUUGUUGUGGAAUCAUUAGUAAGAUUUUCUUGGAAAAGAAAAUAAUAUUUUGUUUCCUCCUCUCCUUUUCACCAAAUAUCCAUACCCAUAAUUUACUUAGAUUUGUAAAUACUUCCCGCUAACGGAAUUAUGUAAAGUGUAAACAACACAAGCUUUCCUUGUUUCUUUUUUUUUUAUCUUGCAUUAUUAAUAUUUUUGGGUGGUUUA